AUGCAACGAUGCUCCACACCAACACCAUCCACGUCAUCAGCGUCAAGUGAUGAGGUAAGUAGGCAAAAUCUGAUAAGGAAUCGCGAUUCCUUAUCAGAUUUUCGGGAAAACUCGGGAAAAAACAAUAAAAAUCAAGGAACACACCGGAACAUGUGUGUGGUCUCGUCGCGCGCAGUUGUUUUUCAGUGUGCGCCUUUGAAGAGAGUACGGUGUGUGUAUUUUUUUUUUUUUCGAAAAAUUUCCAGUUUUUGAGGGUUUCAAGGGGGAAUUUCAAUUUUCCAGACACGAUCUCAACUCAACGCCUUUCCUCCCCGUUCGCCCUCCCAAAACAUCUCCCCAUCUCCCUCCCGCAAAUCCCUGGAAUCACCCGAAACCCAACUGCAACCUGCCACGCGUUUCGCGCUGGCAAAUCUGACAACUACGGUGCUACGAUUGGAUUUUUGGGAUGAUGAUGAUGCGACGGCGAUGUGAGUACUGAAAAAUUUCGAUUUUGCCACGUGGAUCUCAUUUUUUCCAGAAAAAAUAGUUUUUUUUCGGAAAAAAUUCAAUCCUCAAUUUUUCCUACAGAAAAUCUUGAAAAAUACAUUUUCCGGCUUCAAAAAUGUCAAGUUUUCAGCUUCUUCUGCAAAGAAACUUUCGACAUUGUCACAAGAUGCUUGAAUUUACCCGAAAAAGUUAUCCGAACUAUGAAAACACAUUUGGAAGGCGAAGAAGAGUUGUCCGAUAUUGCUCCGAUGAUUCUAUCGAUUCGCGAAGAUCCGAUUGUCAAAUCUGAUGGAUCUGGAGCAUUGUUGGUUCCUCUACUUUUUGCAUUUGUUGGAACUGGUGAGAUUAUUGCUCAUGUUAGCGAAAAUUUGGGGAAAAUUUGAAUAACAUAGAGCAUUGCUCAUAUUAAUGUUCGAAAAUUCCUCUUGAAUUUGAAAUUUUUGGAAACUUGCUCAUAUUAGUCUGAAAUUACACGAUUUUUUGAUUUCAAAACAAAAUUGAGGCUCAAAUUCAAAAUUAGAAACAUUGCUCAUGCUAUAUAGAAAAUUCUCAACAAUUUUCAAAAACUAUAAUCAUUGCUCAUGGUAAAAAUGAUCUGGAAUUCUCUCGAAAUAUAUAUUUUUCAAAAAUUAAGACAUUGCUCAGGUUAAACCCAAUCAGAAAAUCAGCUAGAAACCCCCCCAAAAACAACAAAAAUACACACAUUGCUCAUAUUAAUCCCAAAUUUUCCACAGGCAACUACGAUAGCCGCUACCGUGUCCUUUUUCGUCACCUGGGCACACUUUUAGGUGUAAUUUGGAGCGAUUUCGAGGAAAUUGAAGAUUCUCUAGCCGCCACGAUUUUGGAGGAACAAUUUGUGGAAACUGAGUGGGUUUUUUGAGUUUGAAAAAAAAAUUUUUGUUUUUGGACAAAAAAAUGAUUUUCAGAAGUAUUAUCCUAUCUGGGUAAGUUGUAGAAAUGUUGUGAUAUUGUGAAAAUUUUAAAAUUGCCACGUCAUAACCACAUUUUUUCCAGGCACAGUCGGAAGAUGCGCGAAAAAACGUCUCGCAACAAGAAAAUCAAACGCGCUCUAAUGAUAGGCGCCGCCGGCGGCGUGGGCGGCGUUCUAAUUGGGCUCACGGGCGGUCUUGCGGCGCCUUUCAUCGCCGCGUCAGCCGGAAUGUUAGUUGGAAGCACGGCGAUUGCGGGAUUGGCGACGACUGCGGGAGCUGCGGUGCUGGGAACUACGAUGGGUGUGGCUGGAGCUGGUUUCACCGGGUAUAAGGUGGGUUACUGUAUAUCUGGUUUAAAUUUAAUAAAUUUCAAAAAAAAACACGAAUUUCCAUGUCCAGAAAACAAUGAUUUUUGAAUUUUCUUUCAUACAAAAUCCACGUGGAAAAAUAAGAUCCUCAAAUUUUCUAGCAAUUUUUGUCGGGCUCAAAAUCAUAAAUCCACGUGGCACAAAAAUGAUCUGGAAAUUUUUGAAGAGCGCUGAAACUGUGUGAAUUUUCAGCGUAGAAAAUACACGUGGCAAAACUUGGUGUCAAAAAGCGAAAUUUUGAAAUUCAAAAAAUUUGGCUCUAAAAAACAAAUUUUCAAAAUUUCGAAAUUUCCGCCCCGAAAAAUCCAAUAUUUGAAUCUCUUUUUUUAUUUUUGUUUAAAAAAUUUGAAAUUCAAAAAAAAUUCAAAAAAAAAAGUUCUGAGCUCCAAAAUCCUUUUGAACAUCCUUUCUAAAAAUGUAAAAAUUUUUUCUGAAAAUUUCAGAGCUCAAAAUAAUCUCUCAAAGUUUUUUAUAAGCAACAAAAUCCUAAACAAAUUGUUAAGAAGCACUUUUUUGCUGAAAAUUCCAGACAAGAAAAAAAUUUCACAAAAUUGAAAAAUUUUGAAAAUUUCGCGCCGAAAAAUCCACGUGGCAAUAUUCAAUUUUGAAAAUUUUGAAAUUCAGAAUUUAAAAAAAAAUUGAAAGAUUUUUGAAAGGCUAGAAAUUUUUGCUGAAAAUUUCAGAGAUCUUCAGAAUUGACUGAAAAUAAUCUCGAAUGUUUUUUUCAAGCAAAAACAAAUUGUUAAGAAUCAUUUUUGUGCUGAAAAUUUCAGAAAAUACUCCAGGGCUUAAAAAAAUCAAAAAAUCUGGACUUCUGGGGACGAUUUAUCGCUUCAAGACCCAAAAAUUCGAAAUUUUCACGGUAUUUUGGUCUUAAAGCGAUUUUUGGCGCCAAAAUUCUUGAAAAAUCGCUUCGAGACCCAAAAAAUUGAUUUUUUCACGGUUUUUUGGUCUUGACGCAAUUUUUGGCGCUAAAUUGAACGUUUUUUGGGUCUUGAAGCGAUUUGCAAGGUUUUUGGUGCCAGAAAUUUCAAAAAAAAGGUUCGAGAACUAAAAAUUCGAAUUUUUUUUGCUGAAAAUUCCAGCCAAGUCUCAAAAUAAUCCAAUUUUUUCCCCACAGAUGAAAAAACGCGUCGGCGCCAUCGAAGAAUUCACCAUCGAAACCCUAACCAACACGGCCUCCUCCCUCAAAUGCACUCUAGUUGUAAGCGGUUGGAUCGAAAGUGACACAAGUCCCGAACAAGCUUUCGAACAUCAGUGGCGGAAUCUACAACACUCCAAAGAGCAGUACAGUUUGCGAUAUGAAUCUGAAUACUUACAAGAACUCGGAAAUGCUAUUGAGUAUCUGAUGAGUUUCGCAGUGAGUGUGGCAAUUCAACAAACCCUCCUGGAGACGGCCCUGGCUGGCCUGGUUUCAGCUGUCGCUUGGCCUGUGGCCCUUAUCUCGGUCUCAUCGGUUUUGGAUAAUCCGUGGAAUGUUUGUAUUUCCCGCGCGGCUGAAGUUGGCGAACAUUUGGCCGAAGUUUUGUUGAGCAGAUCGCAUGGGAAACGGCCGAUUACAUUGAUUGGGUUCAGCUUGGGAGCCAGGGUUAUUUUUUAUUGUUUGUUGACGAUGAGCAAACGGGCCGAGAGUGCGGGUAAGUGUUUUUAAGGGAUUUAGAGCAUUGCUCAUAUUAAACCUUAAAAUUGCAAUACUUUCUAUGUAAAAUAAAGGCUUUUAGAGCAUUGCUCAUAUUAAUCUUGCAAAAAUUCUGAUUUAUCCACGGAUCAAUAAGAACUAGACGAUUGCUCAUAAAAAACUUCAAAUUUUCUUUAGAAAAUAAGGGUUUUUAA